AUGGGUGUCGGAGCUCCUGCUCGUGUUGGCCUUAUUGCUCCAAUUGAUGUUGUUGUUCCUCCUGGAAACACUGGAUUGGAUCCAUCUCAGACUUCCUUCUUCCAGGUGCUUAACAUUCCAACCAAGAUCAACAAAGGUACAGUUGAAAUCAUCACCCCUGUGGAGCUUAUCAAGAAGGGCGAAAAGGUGGGUUCUUCCGAGGCCGCCCUUCUCUCAAAGCUAUUGAUAAGGCCAUUCUCUUACGGUCUUGUAGUGUUGUCUGUCUACGACAAUGGUUCAGUGUUUAGUCCUGAGGUGCUUCACCUCACAGACGACGAUCUAAUGGUGAAAUUUGCUUCUGGGAUAUCCAUGGUUGCCGCCCUGUCAUUGGCUCUAACAUACCCAACACUUGCUGCUGCACCUCACAUGUUCAUUAACGCCUACAAGAAUGUUCUUGCUGUUGCAGUGGAAACACCAUACUCUUUCACAUAUGCUGAGACCGUGAAGGAAUACUUAAAGGAUCCAAGCAAAUUUGCUGCUGCUGUUGCUGCUCCAGUUGCUGCUGCUGCUGCUCCUGCAGCUGAUGCCAAGAAGGAAGAGGUUAAGGAGCCUGAGGAGGAGUCUGAUGACGAUCAACCUAUCUUCGGUUUGUUUGAUGAUGAGUGA